AUCUGUGGCUGCACGAUACGCGUCUCGAUCGGUAUUUAGAACGUGUUGAGUUUAUUAGUGUGAAUCGUUAUUAUUUUAUUGCAAUUGUUCUGAUUUCGAAAUAUUUGUGCAGAAUAAUCUCCAUGAGAAAUCAUGGAGAAAAUACCGAGAACUCAUGAAGCGAUUGAAGCUCAAAUAAAAGAAAUUCAAUCAAAAAAGAAAGAAAUUCAAUCUGAAAAUGGCAACAACAAAGGUGUUUCCCUUGGUGAAACAUACUAUGACAGUGAUAUUUAUGAUAGCCAGGGCCAGGGUGGCAAGUCCAGAUAUGAUGGAUAUGUAACUUCCAUCGCGGCCAAUGAUGAAGUGGAAGAUGAGGAUGUGGAGAAUGUUCCCAUAUCCCAGAAAAGACCAGGAUACACAGCACCAGCUUCAUUAUUGAAUGAUAUUGCACAGAGUGACAAGGACUAUGACCCAUUUGCAGAUAAACGCCGCCCAACCAUUGCAGACAGGGAAGAUGAGUACAGGCAAAAGAGGCGUAGGAUGAUCAUUUCUCCGGAGCGUAUGGAUCCUUUUGCUGAAGGUGGAAAAACUCCUGAUGUGGGAUCCAGAACAUAUACUGAAAUUAUGAAAGAACAAUAUUUGCGCGCUGAGGAAACUGAGUUACGAAAAAAGCUGCUUGAAAGGGCAAGGGAGGGAACUCUUAAGCCAGUCGCACAGUCCAAUGGAGAAGCAGUUAAAGCUGGGGCUAAACGCAAAGGUCGUUGGGAUCAGAGCUCGGACGAUACUCCCUCGGUGAAGAAACCUAUAUCUGCUACUCCGAGCUCGCAAGCUACGCCGUCGUGGGAUAAUGAGAGAGGCGCAUGGGAGGAAACGCCCGGCGCCGCAGGUCGGGGCGGCGAGACGCCCGGCGCCACGCCGUCUGCCCGCGUGUGGGACGCCACGCCCGGCCACAUCACGCCCGGACACGCCACGCCGGGCCGCGAGACGCCGGCCCAGCACGCCUCCAGGCGUAACCGCUGGGACGAGACGCCCAAAACUGACAGAGAAACUCCCGGGCACAAUAGCGGGUGGGCCGAAACCCCGCGCACGGACCGCGGCGCCGGCGUGGACACCAUCCAGGAGACUCCCACGCCGGGCACCAAGCGGCGCUCGCGCUGGGACGAGACGCCCGGCGCCACGCCCGCGCCCGCCACGCCCACGCCCAGCCACGCCACGCCCAGCCACGCCACGCCCAGCCACACGCCCGGACACGCCACGCCAUCCACUCCGCACACGCCCGUCUUUACACCUGGAGGAUCAACACCAGUGGGGAUGAAAGCCAUGGCCAUGGCCACGCCGACGCCGGGCCACGUGGCGGCCAUGACUCCGGAGCAGCUGCAAGCGUACCGCUGGGAGAAGGAAAUAGACGAACGCAACCGGCCCUACACCGACGAAGAACUAGAUUCCAUGUUCCCACCAGGGUACAAGGUUUUGCCGCCGCCUGCCGGUUAUGUUCCGAUUCGGACGCCGGCUCGUAAGCUGACCGCAACACCUACCCCCUUGGCUGGUACCCCAAUCGGCUUUUUCAUGCAGACGGAGGAUGUGGGCGGGUCGGCCGCGGCGGCCGCGCGCCUGCUGGACCCGCAGCCUAAGGGGAGCCAGCAGCUGCCCUUCAUGAAGCCGGAGGACGCCCAGUACUUUGACAAACUGCUCAUUGACGUCGACGAGGAGACGCUCUCGCCCGACGAACUCAAAGAAAGGAAGAUCAUGAAACUGUUGCUUAAAAUCAAGAACGGCACCCCGCCCAUGUGCAAGGCGGCGCUCCGCCAGAUCACGGACAAGGCGCGCGAGUUCGGCGCCGGGCCGCUGUUCAACCAGAUCCUGCCGCUGCUCAUGAGCCCCACGCUCGAGGACCAGGAGCGCCAUCUGCUGGUCAAAGUUAUCGACAGGAUUCUGUACAAACUUGACGACUUGGUGCGCCCGUAUGUGCACAAGAUUUUGGUCGUGAUUGAACCUCUUCUCAUUGAUGAAGAUUACUACGCGCGUGUGGAAGGUCGUGAGAUCAUCUCUAACUUGGCCAAGGCCGCCGGUCUAGCCACCAUGAUUUCCACCAUGAGACCUGAUAUCGACAACAUCGAUGAAUACGUGAGAAACACUACAGCCAGGGCUUUCGCCGUCGUUGCUUCAGCUUUGGGUAUACCUUCUCUACUGCCCUUCUUGAAGGCUGUGUGUCGAUCAAAGAAGUCAUGGCAGGCGCGCCACACUGGUAUAAAGAUCGUGCAACAGAUCGCCAUUCUGAUGGGGUGUGCCAUAUUACCGCAUCUUAAAUCGCUCGUCGAAAUUAUUGAACAUGGUUUGGUCGACGAGCAACAAAAAGUCCGUACUAUCACUGCGUUGGCGAGCGCCGCCUUGGCCGAGGCAGCCACGCCGUACGGCAUCGAGUCCUUCGACUCGGUCCUCAAGCCCCUGUGGAAGGGUAUCCGCACACACCGAGGCAAAGGUCUGGCCGCCUUCCUCAAGGCCAUUGGCUACCUCAUCCCAUUAAUGGAUGCCGAAUACGCCAACUAUUACACGCGUGAAGUGAUGUUGAUUCUCAUUCGUGAGUUCCAGUCGCCUGAUGAGGAAAUGAAGAAGAUUGUACUAAAGGUAGUGAAACAGUGUUGCGGCACCGACGGUGUAGAACCGCAAUACAUUAUGGACGAAAUCUUGCCACACUUCUUCAAGCACUUCUGGAACCAUCGUAUGGCCCUCGACAGGCGUAACUACCGACAGCUUGUUGACACUACGGUGGAAAUUGCUAAUAAGGUGGGCGCUUCAGAAAUCAUAAACAGAAUAGUGGACGACCUGAAAGACGACAACGAGCAAUACCGUAAGAUGGUGAUGGAGUCGAUCGAGAAGAUCCUCGCCAACCUGGGCGCGGCCGACAUCGACUCCAAGCUCGAGGAGGCUCUCAUCGACGGCAUCCUGUACGCCUUCCAGGAACAGACCACUGAGGAUGUGGUAAUGCUGAACGGGUUCGGCACAAUAGUGAACCAGCUGGGCAAGCGCGUGAAGCCAUACUUGCCGCAAAUCUGCGGUAUCAUCCUGUGGCGCAUGAACAACAAGUCGGCCAAGGUGCGCCAGCAGGCCGCCGACCUCAUCUCGCGCAUCGCCGUCGUCAUGAAGACGUGUCAGGAGGAAAAAUUGAUGGGUCAUCUUGGAGUUGUCCUCUACGAAUAUUUGGGUGAAGAGUACCCGGAAGUGCUCGGUUCCAUCCUGGGGGCGCUGAAGGCGAUCGUGAACGUGAUUGGCAUGACCAAAAUGACGCCGCCCAUCAAGGAUCUACUUCCGAGAUUAACACCCAUCUUGAAGAACAGGCACGAAAAAGUCCAAGAGAAUUGCAUUGAUCUAGUCGGACGAAUCGCAGACAGAGGUCCAGAGUUUGUCUCGGCCAGAGAGUGGAUGAGGAUAUGUUUCGAGCUAUUGGAGCUUCUGAAGGCGCACAAGAAAGCCAUCAGAAGAGCCACUGUCAAUACGUUCGGUUACAUCGCCAAAGCUAUCGGACCUCACGACGUGCUGGCGACGUUGUUGAACAACUUGAAAGUUCAGGAGCGACAAAACAGAGUGUGCACAACAGUCGCCAUUGCGAUCGUCGCCGAGACCUGCUCACCGUUCACAGUGUUGCCGGCUCUCAUGAACGAGUACCGGGUGCCAGAGCUGAACGUCCAGAACGGCGUGCUAAAGUCCUUAUCUUUCCUGUUUGAGUAUAUCGGUGAAAUGGGCAAGGAUUACAUUUAUGCUGUGUGCCCGUUGCUCGAAGAUGCUCUUAUGGACAGAGAUCUAGUGCACAGACAAACGGCGUGCGCGGCGAUAAAGCACAUGGCGCUCGGCGUGUACGGGUUCGGGUGCGAGGACGCGCUGGUGCACCUGCUCAACCACGUGUGGCCCAACAUCUUCGAGACGUCGCCGCAUCUCGUGCAGGCCUUCAUGGACGCCGUCGAGGGCAUGCGCGUCGCGCUGGGGCCCAUCAAGAUACUCCAGUACGCGUUACAAGGUUUGUUCCACCCAGCCAGAAAAGUCCGCGACGUUUACUGGAAGAUCUACAACACGCUUUACAUCGGCGGCCAGGACGCGCUGGUGGCCGGCUACCCGCGGAUACAAAACGAUCCAAACAAUCACUUCAUAAGAUAUGAAUUAGAUUACUUGCUGUAAAAUUAAGUCUAGACAUUAUAGUGCGUGACGCUAUUUACUAUAGUUAUGGUUUUAUUUUGCCGAGAGUUAAAUAA